GCCGAUUGGCUGAGCCAGGAGAGAUUCACUAAUGGUGGUCGCUUCGCUGCUAGCGACGAUGGCGUUCCAAGCUGCAACCACGCCACCAGGAGGCGUCUGGCAGGAUGACUACAAGGUCGAUGCCAACGGCAACCCAGUGAAGGAGCCGCACAUGGCGGGCACCUCUAUCAUGGCCCACAUCCAGCGGAUGGCCAACGGACAGUUCAUGAUCUUCAACCCUCUGGCCUUCCUGGCCUCCCUCAGCAUCAUCCUGCUCCUCUUGAGCGGGCUUCCAAUAAAGCGGCGACGCUGGAUGUGGACCCAGAUGGUGAUCAUGUGGCUAGCGAUCACAGGGCAGGCGAUCACCUACUUCAUAGCGCUGCGCAACAUAUCGCUGGCUGACACGCGGGGGAUGCUGAAGGACGUGACGGACGUGUCGGUGGUGUGCUGGCUGUGCCUGAUGGGGGUGGUGUUCAUGGGGAAUGUGGUGAGGCUGUGUGUGGUGCUGAGGAAGUGGGGUUACUUGAAGAAGAAAGAGAAGAAGAAUUCAGAUGAAGACGAUGAAGACAAGCAUGAGCAAGUGUGACGACAUCGUUUCAGCGAGUUUAAGUUAUUGAAGAUGGUCGGGAGUACAGGAGACAAGAAAGGAAUGAGUCAAUAACCGUGAAACCCCAUUAGAGGUUUGGUGGAAUCGCGGAACCCUUUGCAUUCCCAUUCAGGAUGCAGCGGCGAUUUCCUGAAGGUUUGCACUGUUAGUUCUGCUUAACAGGUAAGUACAUUGUUUUUGACAUCAAUGGUUUAGCGGUUGCCUAGUUCUUUCAACUUCACUUUAUUUGAAUUUCAAUGCUUUAACUAAAUUAUAAUAGAAAAGUUGGAGCGUUGCGCGCAUGCCUGGAUAAAAUAUUAACACACUCCCACGCUUAAUCAUAACCUUCCCACAUGAGAAAGUACAGAUAAUGCUACUUAACAUUAUAUGGAUCUAAAUUAGUAAAAUCAGCAGAUAAAUAAUUUGGUUAUUGGCUUUUGACUAAAUAAACAAAUGGCCCACUAUAAAAACGUACUAUAAAAGCCUUCUCAUACCCGCACGUAUGUUUUUAUAGUUUCCCAAAAUAUCAUCAUUUCACUUAUAGUAUUGAGAUGCACGUAUAAGGAUAUUAUACGAAAGGAGCCUCACAUUUAGAAUGUGUUGUAAAAUGUAGAAGUCAAUAAUACUCUAAUUGAUUCAUAACUUAUUGAUUUCAAUUUCUAAAUAAAGGUGAGUCCAACGAGAUAUAUUGUUAGGCUUGGACUUAAGCUUGGACUUAGCAAUCUCCCUAGGUAAAAGUUUUGGGCUUUCCUUGCGCCUCCCUAAAAGUAGUAUCAGAG